CCGUCAUCCAACUUAACUGCCCACUUCCAAGCCCACCGCAAAACUGCUGCACUGUACCGACGUUUGUUGAGGUGGCUGCGCUGCAAGAACCAAACACACUUCCACUUCCUUGCCGCCGUCGCAUUUGAACCGCUCUUUCAGCUGCUGCAACCUGCAACCUCACACAUCCCGUCACAGCGAACCGCUCGCCGCAAAAAAGACCCCUUUUCUUUGCUGUCGACAUCAUCGUCUUUAUCCGUCGCAUUUUUAAUUGUAUUUUCCUUUUCAUCUUGGCCUUUUAUUCUCGCGAUACAAACGCCCAACUAGAGUCUAUACUUUGCUCUCCGUAUACAUAAAUCAUAAUCAUGUCGCGAGGUCUCCGACUUCGAUUUCCCCGGCCGAGGACCUUCCUCGGCUUCAUGUCCCUCCAAACCGGCACCGAACUCAUCGCCCUCUCGCUCGUCUUCAACCGCAUCACAGGCAUCUACGGCAUCCUCGCCCUCUUCACCGGCUUCCCGCUCUCCCUCCUGCAAAUCAGUCUCUACCUGCUCUCCGUCUUGGUCGUCGGCUCGCUGGCGUACCUGAUCCCCCACAUCCGACACCAAUCGCCCUUCCAGAACCUGGCGCUCGCUUUUCUCUAUGGCAUCGACACCCUCCUCAACUUUGCCUACGUCACCUUCUUCGCCACGACGUGGUACCUGACCCAGUUUCACGACCCGCAGGGCCCCGCUAGCAAGGGUGACAUUCCCGAGAGCGCGAGCCCGUCGAACGGCGAGGGCAACUACGAACACGAUAGUGCGCAGAAGCAUCAGCUGGAGAAGGCGGUGGGCGUGCAUGAGUCCGCGGCCAGCAUGUGCCUUGUGGUUGGGUUCACGCUGAUCCGGAUCUACUUUGCGCUGGUGGUCUGCGCGUAUGCCAGGGCAGUGGUGCAGAGAUAUGUGGACAUGAACAGCGGGUGGGCCGGUGGGCCCCUGGGUUCGGGAGAGGUGGUUGAUGAUGAUAAUGGCAAGGAGGAGGGACACGUUGCGGAUCCGUUUGUGGAGGGCGCGCCGCUGGGUGAAGGGUGGCAGGGCAAGAUGGGCCGGAUGAUGGUCGGCUUUGGCAGGGGGUAUUGGUUGGGAGGGAGGAAGGAGGACGAGGAGUGGGCGAGGGAGAUUGGUGGGCGGUUGAAGGGUGGGAGAUACUCUAGGGUAUGAGCGGCCACCAGAGUUGAAAAGUGUUUUCGUUCGAUGGGACUUUGAAGACGAGGAGACGGCAUAGCCAGCAAUCAUCCCAACAUACGACACAUCAUGCAUGGGCAUAGAAGAGAGGCAUUGGCGCGAAGACAGCCAUCCUCACAACGCAUUAUAAAGAGGAGGAUACUGCGACAGAACGCUUUGUUAUAGGGGACCAAUCUUUCCAUGAGGCG